AGAAACCUUAUCCACAAAAUCAAUGGAUCACCAAUUCUCCUUGUGCCUUGCCUGUACGAUACCUCCAAUCACUCCCACAGUCCUAUUUUUCUUGCAUAUAAUACAGUAAAACUUACUGCCAAAAGAAGAAAAAGAAGCUCAAGUUCCCAGAAAUACUGCUCCUUGAAGAGCAACAAUUCAAAGAAUGGCAGCAUCAUCCUCUUACAUGGCAUCCGCGAAACUCUCCAUGUUGGGCUGGCUCGGAAAAAGCAAUAAAUUCAGCAAAAGCAACGGCAGUCCAUUCACCAUUUCAGCUCAGCAACAGGCACAGGUCCAAGAACAAGAAGACAUGAAGGCACAAGAAGCAGCCGCCCCGGGACAAGAAAAGGCGAAGCAGCCGGAAGGGACGAGACUGAGGCCGGUUGAGCCGCAAGUGAAUGUCAAGAGCAAGAACAUGAGCCGCGAAUAUGGGGGGCAGUGGCUGAGCAGCACGACGCGGCACGUGAGGAUUUACGCUGCGUAUAUCGACCCGGUCACCUGCGAGUUCGACCAGACUCAGAUGGACAAGCUCACCCUGAUCCUAGACCCGAGCAAUGAGUUCGUGUGGACCUCGGAGACCUGCAACAAGGUCUACGGCUACUUCCAGGAGCUUGUUGAUCACUACGAGGGUGCGCCGCUGACGGAGUACACUCUUCGGCUGAUUGGAUCAGACAUAGAGCACUACAUAAGGAAGCUGUUGUACGAUGGAGAGAUCAAGUACAACAUGAAUGCCAGAGUGCUCAACUUCAGCAUGGGAAAGCCCAGGAUUAUGUUCAACAAUAACAACCUUGAUGGCCAAAUUCCUGAGGCACAAUGAAAAACACACACACACACACAGUCUUACCUAAAUUGCCUUUCCUCAAUCUCCUAUGGUUUUAUGAAGACCUUUGUAAAAAUAGGCAUUUCAUCGUAGCAAAUGUUGAGGUUGUAUCUGGAGUUUUCCCUUUCUCUGCACCAAAAUCAUUGUGAAUGAUUAUACAAUUUGAGGAGAACGGACACGAAUGAUUUUCCAA